ACUUUCGUCGCAAUAUUAAUUUUUUUAUUGCAGAGAUUAAGGGAUGAAACGGGGGUUGAUGGAUGGCGAAUUUAAUUCUCCAUUGAACAGUCUUUGUUUCAUCCCUUAAUAUUAAUUAGUCGGCGAAUAUAUCAACUGAAAAACAUAAAGCAAGCAUUGAGUACAAGGAGGACAAAAAUCCCCCCCCAACCUGUCCCUGUCACAGCAGGACUGCUACUUGCCGAGUUACUCACGCACCCGACUCACAUUUACCGACAAUUCGACCGGGACGCCGCCUUUCCCGUGGGGUACCAACUAACAUUUUUGGAGUCAGUCAAACCCCCCGAUCCGGGCCUCUACUCAGGUCUAUCCUCUUUGAUUUCAACCCCGAGAUCUGAGCCUCUACUUUAGUCAAUACUCUUUAUGCCCAACCCUGCUUAAAUCUGAGCUAAUCUUUCGACUGAUCAGCGAUAUAAACCCAAAAUAAACGGUUAUUGUUGUCGGUAUUGCCACAUUCGAUUCGGGAAAAUACAUUUUUUUUAAAUCGUAUUUUACAUGACAAGGUGUGGUAAUUGCGUUGCUGAAGUCUGUGACGGUGGCAGAAUUGUUCUCAAAACUCGGACGAGUACAACAUUCACGAUUAACUCUAUUCAAUAAUUUACCUGUGCGAUAAACUAAUGGGCUACUUAAAGUACACAAUAUUUCCAGGCUUGCAUCAGGUCUUUCGCAGCUUUACAGUGAUGAGUGGAAACCUGGACUACAAAUCGGCGAAAUCAAUCUAUGAAUUCGAGGCCACGUCGAUUACAGGAGAAGUUGUGGCACUGUCGAAAUAUCAAGGUCAUGUCUGUCUAAUCGUGAAUGUCGCGUCAAAAUGUGGACUCACUGCGACAAAUUAUAAAGAGUUGAACGAACUCUAUGAUAAAUAUGCGGAGUCUCAUAACCUCAGGAUCCUUGCUUUCCCAUGCAAUCAGUUUAAUGGUCAGGAACCCGGCACCAGUGACGACAUUUGCAGUUUUGCUAAGCGUGAAAAGGUGAAGUUCGAUCUCUUUGAAAAAAUUGAUGUUAAUGGAGAUAACGCACAUCCUCUCUGGAAGUACUUGAAAAAGGAACAAGGGGGUAUCCUGGGUGACUUCAUCAAGUGGAACUUCACGAAAUUCAUUGUUGACAAAAAUGGAAAACCUGUUGAGAGGCAUGGGCCGGAUAAGAAUCCCCUCAAGUUGGCUCCACAUCUUGAGAAAUACUUUUAACCGCAUCGAAUAACAAAGUUGAAGAUAAUUGUAUCUUGCAUUGAAUGAUUAUUGUUUUUUCCAUCACGCUGUGACGAAAAGUGAACUUUUCGGCACGCUCCGCGUGCCUAAAAGUCCAAUUUCCGCCACAUUGUGAUG